UAUCGCAGCGUUCGCGCGCGCCCAGUCGGUAGUGUUGUGACGAGCUACGAAUAAACAUAAAAAUAAAUGCUACAGUACUUACGGUAGCUAGCAAUAAAUUCUGUGAUCAUGAAAGUGUUUGUUUGCUGCCUUUUUAUAAUAGCCAAUAUUAGUAAUAAUGGAAAAGCAUCCCUUGAGAGUUUCGCGCCCAGUGGGACUAAUAUACUCUUUGAGGAUAGCACGAAAAAUUUAGACAGAGUAUCAUGUUACCGGCCUUGCAAGUUCAACGUGAAACCAAAGCGGUGUCACUAUACCUUCAAAGUGGAGCCCACCAUCCAAGAUGAUGGGAGACCAGCUAUUACCAUCAACGGCCUGACUCCUGGCCCACCAAUACAAGCUUGUGUGAACGAUAUCAUCGUUGUGGAAGUCCAGAACAGCAUCCUAGAUCAGGAUAUAAGCAUACACUGGCAUGGAGUUGAGCAGAAGGGUACUCCUUACAUGGAUGGAGUUCCCAUGGUGACUCAGUGCCCUAUUGGGUAUGGACAAACCUUCAAGUAUGCUUUUGUGGCGACUUCUCCCGGGACCUUCUUCUAUCAUGCCGAUUCAGUAUCUCACCAGAGUGACGGUGUCUACGGGUCGCUGAUAAUAAAUCAACCUCAGCCUCUGGAGCCCCAUUCAUCUCUGUACGAUUACGACAGAAGUGGCGAGAAUACUCUGACCAUUGCUGCGAAGUUCCCCGAACUUCUGACAGCUAAACUGGACGAUGUUAGCCGACUGAAACCCGAUGCGUUGAUGAUUAAUGGAGAUGGUGACAUUUCAAAGAUCGUCGUCUUAGCAGGAUUCGCAUACCGACUGAGGCUUAUAAACGCCAUAGCCAUUGAGUGCCCCGUCAUUGUCAACAUAGAGAACCACGAAAUGGUAGUGAUUGCGACCGACGGGAAACCUACCAAACCAGUAUUAGCUAGAAACGUGGAACUGUACCCAGGGGAGCGUAUGGACGUAGUGGUGCGUGCUUCAGAAGAGGGUGGCGGCUACUGGAUCAGGACGCACGGCAUCGGCGCGUGCGCAGGCCUGGCUGCGAACGCGAUGCUCAUCUAUUCCGGAUUCAACUAUACUGCCAUGUUGCAAGAAAACCAGAAUGAAUUCAGCCAAGCGAAAUGGGAAUCGGACCUUGUAGUUGGAGGACAAAUGUUGGAGUCCCUCCAAGACGUGAGCCAUGCCGCAGAGGUCAAAUCUGUAUAUUUGGGCAUCGACAGAAAUGUCGUUAAAGUCAAGGACGGCGAUAUCGAUUUUAGAUACAUUAGUGAUGCUAUUCCUAAGAAGGCAUUCUUCCCUGCGGCUUUUGCUCUCCACGACAAUGGGGUCGUCCAAAUAAACGGGAAGAGUUUCCUGUACCCUAACGUACCAAUCCUGCUGAGACCUCGAGAUGUCAAACAGGACAUGUUCUGCAAAGUUGGGGAAGAAGAGAAGCAAGUGGAGACGCAAUGUGUGCAAGUUUUAGAUGCCGAAGAAGGAGAUGUGCUGGAAAUAGCUCUGGUUAAUGAAGGUUUUGGCAGCAAUGACUCGUACACAUUCCACAUGCAUGGUUACGGCAUGCAAGUUAUCUCCACAUGGCAGAAUCCCAAAGACAAGCCGAUUUCAAAGGAAGACUUCCAAAGAAUGAAUAAGGACGGCAAAAUUUUAAGAAAUCUGCAAAACCCACCAGUGAAAGACACAAUCACAGUGCCAAACAAAGGCUACACGAUCGUACGGAUCAAGAUAGACCGUGGUGGUUCCUGGCUCCUGGAGUGCAGGUCAUGUGCCCUCUCUUCAGUCCCAGCCGCCAUCUUGAUCCGAGUACCUGAAGCGAUACCCAAGGCUGUCAUAGAUUCGUUACCUAAGUGUGGGAACUACAGACCUCCAGAUGUAUUACUGAACUGAAUUUGAUUAAAUAAAUAGACUGAUAGUGUACAGGUUUCGUGAUGUUAGUGUUAAAAGUGUCAGUGACUUAGGUUAAGUGCUUAUAAUAAACUUUAGUUCUUGAAGUGGAGCCUGUAGUGUGUUGUAUUGUAUUUUCAAAAACAAAGACUUUUUAGAAGUAUGUGUCAGCUAAGCUGAAAGGUCUAUUCUAAGGUUAAUAUUGAAUACUCAAUAGAAUAUCAAGAAUCACAGAAAAAAGGAAUCUCUCGUCACAAGUUAAAGGUAAAGUAACUGCAGGACAUUAGAUACUUGUGUAAGAAAUCAUAAUUUUGUAUGAUCUAAGUCCAUAAGUUAAGCUGUAACCAACAAAAAAUUAUAAGACAUAUACUCAAAAGAUAAUAGCUAGAACAAGCUACUUAUCACAAUUCGUUCUAGCUAUAGCGUUGUUCUUCCAGAAAUUAUAUGAACAAAUUGGAAAUACCCUAGAAUUAAACGUAUGUGUAUAUAAUAUAAUUAUUUAUUGAUCAAUAUUAAAGAAUA